UUUAAGCAAAAUAGCGAAUGUAAAACUCUUAAAAAGAUUUUUUACUUAAAAAUUCAUAACUUUUUAAAUUGUUAAUAUUUUGUGGGAAAAAUUUGAAUGGUAUACUCCAGAGAUAUGAUGCUUUAAGAACAAAAUUAGCGCAAUAGUGCGAAUUUUAUAGAAAAAUAAGAUGCACACUAAUAAGUUGUCGCAAAGAAAUGCACUUAUUUAUAUAAUUAUUUUUACCCCGGCAAUUUCUAUUUAGCCGUAAACUUUCGCUGGUCAAAAUGGCCCCAGUGGUCAAAAUGACUUUGAAGGACUGAAAUAGGAGAAGAUAAGUAAAUGAAAUUAAAAGUAAAUUGAUACACAAGCAUCACAAGAAAAUAAUAAAUAAGAACAAAGAAUAUGAUAUAUAAAUAAAUCGUUGAAAAAUCUGGAUUAAAUUUUGGGAUUGAUACGUGCUGAAAGAUGUGGACCUCCGCGUCUUCGCACAGGGCGAUUCGAAACAAACGUUUGUCGUGCAAUUAGAAUGCACUCUCUUGUCCGAAGCUUAGUUUGUCAGAAUUAAACUUUCUCCUGAAUCACCCUGUAUAACGUGCCAUUCCAACGCGACGACCAAUCAGUACAUAACACGCCUGCUUACUAUUCGAGAGUACCGUUCGAAAGAAAUAUAAUCUGACGCGUGGCCUGUACACGUGUUCGUAGCAAAACCCCCAGUUUGCCUUCGUAAAACUAUAUUUCUGUAAUGCCCGAUUUCUUCACAUCCUUAAGUUAUGUUGCGGUUAAAGUUAACCAGGAGAUCAACUACCAGAUCCAUGCACAUGAUUGGCUAAAACUUGAGAUUAACCUUCGGAUAAUUUUAUCGGGAAGUGAUAAAAUCGGCCAUAAGAAAUUUUGGUAAUCUCUCUGCGCGCAGUUUUACGUCACGGUGCACGAGUAGUCGAGUGUGAUGCGUUUGCUACAGGAAUGUAAACCGGAAGUGAAAAGUCUCCAGCGAGAUGCACCAUUCUCAAGUUGCAUAUAAGAAACUUGUUAGAAAUCUCGGCUGUUUUCAGCCGAGUUACACGCGUCGUGUCCCCCUAAUUGGCUCAUGUAUCGAAUACGAAUCGCACGCACACCCGUUGAUUUAUUUACUUCUUGUAUUGGAGAAAUUCUAAGGGCAAGCUCGUUUCCCGCUUUGUUUACCCAGCGCGUGACUCAUCUAUUGUAGUGCUGAUAAAGUCGGAGCACGAAGUGUAGGUUCUUCCCCGCAGCAGAGAUCGGGGAACCACGUCUUCGAUUUCAGUCGCGGCGAUUGCCAUCGUGCAAUAUAUUCCUCGUGUGCCUGGAAGAGAGUAAAAGAGCAAUAGAAUACGAGAUAACGACGUGGAAUGUCUCGAUCUUGCACGAAUAAACGAAGAACAUUGUGACCGAGAAUAAGCCGGGAGGACUGCGUCAGACGAUCUAUUUCUCUUUUCCUGCGACAUUGUUGUCAGUGGUGUCAUUGAAAAAUGGCAGGCACUAAGUCGGCAAUUAACACGUUACAAGAGAUAUCGAUAAAGCAAGGAUAUAUGCCUAUGUACAAUUUUCUGGAGAGGAUCGAUGGAGGAAAAAACAGCUCUCAAUUUAUAUGCAACGUGUUUUGUAAACAAUUGAGCGCAAAUGGUGUAGGGAGUUGCAAAAAGCAUGCCAAGCUCGAUGCCGCGAAGAAAAUGCUGUUGCUGUUGGGCGCAAAUAAUACUGUCCCGUUCCCGGUGGACGCUCGAUCGUCACCUUCAGUCGCAGACGUGAAACAAAGCCCUGCGAGUGCCUGCGAGGCGUCCCCAUCGUCAACGUACGGCGCACAGCCAACCGUUCACUGUAACUACAUCGGAAUGUUGCAAGAAUUCUGUCAGCAGCAACGCAUCUCGACGCAAGAGAUUGUAUACAAGCUGGUCUACGACGAAGGGCUGCCUCACUUGAAGACGUUCACGAUGGAGGUCCAGUUGGGGAAAUUAUCGGAGAGGGCCACGGCGCAGUGCAAGAAGACCGCCAAGCAAGAGGCUGCAAAGAAGUUGUUGCUGCAACUGAAUCCAAGCAUAGUUAAACCAAAGGUAGCUAGCGUACCUAACGCAGAUGCAGAUAUAACAAAGGGCCUGAGUCAGCUGAACCUGUGCAACAAGAAGGAAGAGCUCGAGAGCAGUAUACGACAGUUGGGUACAGGGAUAUUGGACUGUGUGACGAAAAAGGAAGCGUCGGAUAAGGCCAAGGUGCUCUAUCUCGAGCACACUAAGAAAAAGUACACGAUAAACGAUCAGGCGGCCAGUGCCUUCGGGAUCAAAGAUCUUCAUAUGUUAUUUGAGAAGAAUUACUGCGGCAAGUCUGCGCACAACGUCCAAGAGAGAAUGCGGUCUAUACGGGACGGGUAUGCCCGUCGUAUGGAUUUUCAACAGGCCAAGUGGGACAUCGAGGCCUUAUUGGAGGCCGAGAUACAACAAGUCGUUAUGAGCAGCGUAACGAAGAACCACAUAAUGUGCCUGCGUCUCAUGUCCGCGCCUCGCGUUACGCAAAUGGGCAUAGGCGAGACUAAAUCUGUGGCGCAGUUUCGCGCCAUGUGUAACCUUAUAAACGCUAUCCUGAUACUGCUGAAUGUUUGAGACCACGCGCCG